AUGGAGGGGAACUUCGACAUGACGAAUCUGACAGUGGCCCAGGUAGCUGAGAAGAUCGACCAGCUGGUAAACAGGGUGAUCGGGAUGGAGACUUCGGUCUCGUCCCAGAUGGUGCUGGUCAACACGCUAUGGGCUGAGACGGAAGUCCUGAAUUUGAAGAUACGGGGUUUGGAGGAGGAGAAUGAUUGUACGGGCACCAGCCUUCUGACCAACUUUGCCGAGGCUCGACCUAACCUCGACUGUUUGUCCGAGAAGCUUAGCAGUGCAAAACCCGACGAUACUCCGCCUGAUGAAAAUUCGAUCAGGUGUCUUGAGGACUUGUGUACGCCAGUUACUGAAGUAAUAAAGGACGUGAAGGAAGUUGGUAUUAAACCUGUUGUAAAAUCGGGCUUGCUUUCAGAUGAGAAACCAAUAAUAACAGAAAAAAUUACAACUGAGGAACGCCAUUCUUGCGAAAAUGGCGGGAAAAUGGAGGAGAAUACGGAUGAUGAGGACGUGACGUGGCAGGAGAUGCUGCUGAGCGGGAUGGAUGACCGCGAGAAGAUCCUCCUCAAGGAAUACACGACGAUCCUCAGAAACUACAAGGAUGUGAAAAGGAAACUCGUCGAGAUCGAUAAGAAAGAAAAGGACAUCCAGUUCGAGUCGGUGCUCCAAAUCCGUGAGCUCAAGAACAGCAUCCAGAAGAAGGAUGACAAGAUCCAGACCUUACGCCACAGAUUAUUCUCUAAAGAAGACACAACCAACCCAGCCCAUCCCGUGGUCUCGGGCCAGGCCCAGAGGCUACUCCCCAAGGAAGACACCGACACGAGAAACGAUGUCCCUUGCGCGAGCCCAGGCCCGGACGAGGCCAACAUUGACGCCAUACUGGAUGAGAAACUCGACUUCUGGCUGAGGUUCAGCAACGAGUUCCACCAGAUACAGAAGUUCCGGAGCGCGGUUCAUGAUCUAGAGAAGGAGAUAGCUUUGCUGAGUGAAAAAUGGAAACCCCAUGGGAGCUCCCCGAGGCAGGCGAAGUCGGACGCACGGUCCGUUUACAAGCACCUGAGGGAGAUCCGGCAUGAGGUGGGGGUGUGGGUGGAGCAGAGCGGAUCCCUCAGGGAUGAGCUCAAGGUGAGGUUCGAAUCUCUGUGUGGAAUCCAGGACGAGAUCACAAGGGCCCUGAGGGAGGACAAGAUGAGGUUCAGCAACCACCAGGCGGCCAUGUUCCAGGGAGAGGUCCUCAACAUGAAACGGGAAAAUAACAAGGUGAGGAAGGAGCUGAGCAUGGGGUCAGACCACGUGCUCGAGCUCCAGCUGAGGAUAGAGAAAACGCUGAGAAAGUUAAAGGAGGAGUUUGAGAUGCAGGGUGAGGGCGUGAACCGGCCGCAUGUCCCUCUGAGGUUCUUCUUGUUCGGUACGAAGCAGAAGAAGAAGCAGAAGCGCUCGAUUUUCUCGUACAUUCACCUGGGGAGACGGUACCAGGUGGUGAGGGCUAGCAUAAGUUUCUCUACUCCAAAACAUUGA